UGGAUGCAGAGAGAGAAGCCCUGCAGAGCACGGCCUUCCCCAAAGUAAACCUUCUGCCAAAAGCAUGGGCUGAUGUUUGAGGUUGUUGAUCUGAGGUGGGGUAUUCGGAACACUGAGGCCACUGACCACAUGACCACAGAACUCUGCUUGGAGGAGCUCGACCGGUGUCGGAAAACAUCCAUAGGGCCCGCUUUUGUUGCCCUCUUAGGUGACCAGUACGGCCCCCGUCCAGUCCCCACGCUGAUCGAGGAGAAGGAGUGGGAGGCUCUGAGAGCCCAGCUGACCUCCAGGCCACGCGACCUGGACCUGGUGGCUCGACGCUUCCGGAGGGAUGAGAACUCCGUGCCCCCCACCUACCUGCUGCAGGCGCUAGGCACCGUGGAGGCCCACGGGCCCGAAGAGGCCACCCUGACCUCUGUGCUGCGCUCUGGAGCCCAGGAGGCCCGGAGGCUGGGCCUCAUCACCCAGGAGCAGUGGUACCACUACCAUUGGUCAGUCAUUGAAUGGGAGAUAGACCGGGGCCUGCUGAGCUUGACAGACGGAGACCAGGGGGCAACUGUCUUCUUGAGAGAGAUCCAAGACCUCCACAAACACAUCCUGGAAGACUGCACCCUCAAGAUGGUAGACCAGCUCACAGAUGGCUGCCUGGACACGGAUGCCCAGAACCUUCUCAGUGACCUCAAGGGACGCAUUGCCGACAUGCAACCCGGAGUCCUCCAGGCCCACCACCUGCCAUGGAGCCGAGACCUGGUGAACCCCAAAAACAAGGCUCAUGCUCAGUACCUGAAGGAGCUGGGGGAGCAGUUUGUGGCCAGGGCUAACCACCAGGUCCUUGAGCACCUCCGGGAGCUGGAGGUGGGCCGGCGGGAGCUGGCAUGGCUCUACCAGGAGAUCCGCCACCACCUGGGGCUGAGUGCCGAGGCCACCCGGACCUUUUGCGGGCGCCAGGAGCUCCUGGCCCAGCUGGCACAGCAGCUCUGGCAGAAUGACAGCCAUCCACACUCACCCAUGGUGCUUUUUGGACCCCCAGGCAUCGGAAAGACAGCUCUGAUGUGCAAGCUGGCAGAGCAAAUGCCGAGACUACUUGGCCGCAAGACGGUGACCGUCCUCCGGCUUCUGGGGAUGUCACAGAUGAGCUCCAAUGCCCGGGGCCUGCUCCAGAGCAUCUGCUUCCAGCUGUGCCUGGCCUACGGGCUGCCCCUGCCCCCGGCCCAGGUCCUGGAGGCCCAUGCCAGGGUGGUCCAGUUUUUCCACACCCUCCUCCACACUGUCUCCUGCCGAAACUUUGAGUCCCUGGUGAUCCUGUUGGACUCCAUGGAUGAUGUGGAUUCCAUCUGCCGUGCCCGGAGGGUCCCCUGGCUGCCUCCCAAAUGCCCACCGAGGGUCCACCUCAUCCUCUCAGCCUGCUCAGGGCAGCGGGGGAUUCUAGACACCAUGCGACAGACGCUGACGGACCCAGGGGCCUACUGGGAGGUGAAACCCCUCUCCGGAAACCAAGGGCAAGAGAUGAUCCAGCUUCUGCUGGCAGACUCGAGGAGGACGCUGAGCCCAGAGCAGAGGGAACUGCUCUGGGCCAGCCUCCCGGAAUGUGGGCACCCAGGACGGCUGAGGCUGGCCUUCGAGGAGGCCUGGAAAUGGGCCUCCUUCACCAUACCUGCCCCUCUGGCCUCCACUGCUAAGGAAGCAACGCACCAACUGUGUGCCCGCCUGGAGCAGACACACGGGCAGCUCCUGGUGGCCCACGUGCUGGGCUACAUUGUGUCUUCCCGGCAUGGGCUCUCAGAGGCAGAGCUGAAGGACGUCCUGUCCCUGGAUGACGAGGUCCUGCAGGCUGUGUACCGGGACUGGACCCCGCCCAGCAAGGAGCUAUUGCGUUUCCCACCCCUGCUGUGGGUGAGGCUCCGCCGGGAUCUGGGCCACUGCUUGGCCCGGCGGCCCGUGGACGGCUUCACGCUGCUGGCCAUCGCCUACAGGCAGCUGGCCGAGGUGGUCCAAGAGCGCUACCUGUCCGGGCCCGAGAGGGCCAAGAGGCACGGAGUCUUGGCUGACUUCUUCUCAGGGGCCUGGAGCCAGGGCACCAAGAAACUCAUCACUCUGCCGCUGGUGGGGAAGCCCCUGAACCUGGAUCGCAAGGUGGCCCCUCAGCCCCUGUGGUUCUCAGACACGGUGGCAAAUCUGCGAAAGCUAAAGGAGUUGCCCCAUCACCUGGUCCACUCAGGACGCAUCGAAGAGCUGAAACAGGAGGUUCUGGGCAACAUGAACUGGAUUUCCUGUCGGGGUGUCUCUGGGGGCAUCGAGGGCCUGUUGGAUGACUUUGACCUGUAUGGCCCUCACCUGGACUGUCCCGAGGUCGGCCUGGUCCGGGACGCCCUCCAGCUGUGCCGCCCGGCUGUGGAGCUCCAAGGCAUGGAGAGGAGCAUCCUAUAUACAGAACUCCUGGCCCGACUCCAUUUCUUCGCCGCCUCACAUCCAGCACUGGUGGGACAGCUGUGCCAUCAGGCCCAGAGCUGGUUCCGGGUGUGCCCCCACCCUGUGCUCAUACCCCUUGGGGGAUUCCUCCAGCCCCCGGGGGGACCCCUCCGGGCAACCGUCACAGGCUGUCACAAGGGCAUCACUGCCAUGGCGUGGAGCCUGGAGGAGAGGCUGCUGGUUGUUGGCACCCAGGACGGCUUUGUCGCUGUGUGGGACAUGGAAGAGCAGCAGGUGAUCCACAUCCUAACUGGACACACAGGAGAGGUGAGGUAUGUGAAAGUGUUUGCCAAAGGGACGCUCGCCCUCUCUGCCUCAAAGGACCACACACUGCGCUUGUGGGAUUUACUCUCUGGGCAGGAGAAAUUCACCAUUUGGGACGGAGGCUCAAAAGAUCACACUGAGAUCUGCAGUCUUCACAUGGAUGAAGCAAAGAAAGUUGUGUAUUUGGCAUCUGGCUCAAAGGUCAGUGCUUGGCAUCUGGCAACUGCAGAGCUGGUUUUCCGUAUCUUGGGAGAUGUGUCUGACCGCUGGAUAUGCGCAGCUGUGCUGGCUUCCCGGGCCACGCUGCUGACCGUGUCUGAGGCUGGCGUGGUCAGUCUGUGGAGCUCAGCCGCAGGAAAACUGCAGGGGAGGCAACACUUAUCCAGCAUCAAAGAAGAAACACCUACCUGUGGGGUCUCGGUCCAGAAGCAAGGCAAGCUGGUGGCCGGGUUUAGCAAGGGCUCCAUCUCUUUGGUUACCCUCGAAGGAGACAGCCUGCUGGAGAAGCUUCCGGAAGCCGUGAGGUUCCUUAUACUCUCUGAAGACGAGUCCCUUCUCGCUGCAGGGUUUGGAAGAUCUGUGCGGAUAUUCUUGGCUGACUCACAGGGGUUUCAUCGAUUCAUGGCCACCGACCUUGAACACGAGGACACAGUAGAGACAGCCGGUUUUGGUCCUGAGAACAAUCUGAUUAUUACUGGGUCCCGGGAUGCACUCAUUCAGGUGUGGAGUCUGUCGGAACAGGGGACCCUGCUGGACAUUCUGGAAGGCGUCGGGGCCCCCAUGAGCCUGCUGGCCUGGGGUGGGGCCUUGGUGGCAUCUGGUUCCCAGCAGUCCUCGUCUUUUAAAGUCUGGGAUCUCACCUACAUUCAGAAGCCGAGGGCCUGCACCCCGUUUCUGGACCGCACUGGCCUCACUGCGAUGUCACACAAUGGAGGCUACAUUUACUUCCCCAAGAUUGGGGACAAGAACAAAGUCACCAUCUGGGACUCGGCAGAAGGGGAAGAGCAAGAUGCCCUGGACACCUCCAAUGAGGUCAGGUGUCUGGAGGUUGCCCAGCAGGCCAAUCUCCUUUUCACCGGCCUCGUUUCGGGGGUCGUCCUGGUGUUCCCCCUGAAUUCCAGACAGGAUGUGAUGUGCAUCCCCCCUCCUGAGGCUCGGAAAGCCAUCAGAUGCAUGGCCCUAAGUAAAGGCGAGGAGCGCCUGGCCAUCGCCUAUGACAGCAUUGUCCUGGUGCUGGACAUCAGCCCUGGGGAUCCCUGUCCCGUCAUCGACGGGCCAAUCUACACCUUCUACACCCAGCUGCCUGAGACCAUAUCCAGCGUGGCCGUGCUGGCCGACUACCGCGUGAUCUACGGCAUGACCAGUGGUGACCUCUUCCUUUACGAGUGUGCGAACUCCAAAGUGUUCCCUCUGGAGGCCCACGGGAGCCAGGUCACCUGCAUGCAGGUCAGCCACAAGGAGCAGCUGGUGGUCAGCGGGUCCGAGGAAGCCCUGCUGUGUCUCUGGGACCUGCAGGCCUGCAAGUGGAGAUUCCAGAUGAGCUACAUGAAUCCUUACUGUAGAGGAGUCCAGUGUGUCUGCUUCUCCAUGGAUGACAAGUAUGUGUAUGCGGGCUUGAAAGAUCGCUCCAUCAUUGUCUGGAGUGUGCUAGACGGCACCCUGCUGGCUGUCCAGUUUGUCCACGCUGUGGUGAACAGGAUCAUCCCAACUUCCAAUGGCUUCGUUGCCCCCACUAGACACGGCUAUCUCAUCCGCCAGUGUUUCCAGUGCCCUUCGUCAAGAAAGUCACAGCAGGACCCUCUCAAGAACUUCAAGAAGGCAGUGUGGAAGGUCAAAUCCAGACAGAGAGAAGAGCUAGCAGCUGCUGCAGGAACACUCCAGGACUUGAGAUCAGCAAGUACCCAGGGAAAUGAAUGUAAAUCAGACAAACGCUCACAAAUCUGCCUGCUAGUGUAGAACCCGCCAAUGGGGGCAUGGGACUCCAGUGAGUUAGACCCAUUCAAUAUGGCUGAUGCAAAGAGUAUGUAUGUGUUGAUGUAUAUCUGGACCCAAAGCCUCAGAUUAUAUGACUCAGAACCUGUUUCUCGCCACCCUUCCAUUCUUCUCUCCUUGUUGGCUGCAGUCAAAGACUAGCUACCCCCAGGUUAGGAAUAUGACAGCCAAGGUCAGUAGAAAAGAGAUCUUCCCCUUGCCAGCAGACUGAAUCAAAGUGCUGGCCCUGAUUCUGUUGGCCCCUGUGGGCUCCUGCACCUGUCUCUGGGAGAAUGCUGUGCUGUGAUUGGCCAGCCUGACCCAGUGCCCACCAAGGCUGAGGAUGGAGUCAAUACCACCCACCCAUGUUGCCAGAGAAUGGGAGAGGCUAAUCCCAGGAGGGGAGCUGGGGCCAGGGGGUACAAGGCAAAGGGAGGAUGGAUGGAUGUGAAACUGAUCCAACUACAGAUGUGGAUCAUACAGCUUUAUAAUUUUAAAGCAUCAGGUGCUAUUGUCUGAUCCUUGUCACAGCCUAUACUUCAGGGAGGGCAGGAGUUUCUGCAUCCAUUUUGCAGACAAGGAAACUGAGCCUUGGUAGGUAGCUGUGAUUUGCUCAAGCUCACAAGCCUGAGGUGCAAGAGCUCUGGGGGGGCGCCUGGGUGGCUCAGUCGUUAAGCAUCUGCCUUCGACUCAGUCAUGGUCCCAGGGUCCUGGGAUCAAGCCCCACAUCGGGCUCCCUGCACCGUGGGAAGCCUGCUUCUCCCUCUCCCACUCCCCCUGCUUGUGUUCCCUCUCUCGCUGUGUCUCUCUCUGUCAAAUAAAUAAAAUCUUAAGAAAAAAAAAAAAAAGAGCUCUGGGAAAAGAGAGCCAGGAGACAUCCUGCCCCCAUCCUGUUGGACCACCUCCCUCUAAUUUUAGUCUCAGAAGCAUGACCGUUCCACAGGUGACAGACUCCAAUGCCCCCGGGGGCCAGUGAGUAAUCUACAUGAUUGCCGUGCACCGGAGAGCAGCAGAGAAUGAUGGAGACCAUGGGUCAUGUGGAGGAUGUGUGCUCUGCCCUCCAGAGUGGACAUGGGCACCCUGACUCUAACUCAGAAUGGCCAUGGGGAAAAACAGCAAGAGAUUCCUAUUGUUGUAAGCAAAGCCAGAAACCCAGGCUUUUAUGCAAAAUGUUCCCAUUUUUAAAAGUUGUCGAUUGGUUCAAAUUUACAUCCACAGGCACAUUUAGCCUGUGUGUCUCUAGAUCGGGAGCUGGGAUGUGAGGGCGAUCUGGCUGCGACAUCUGUCACCCCAUUGAUCGCCAGGGUUGAUUCGGCUGAUCUGGCUGGCUAGGCGGGUGUCCCCUUCCUCCCUCACCGCUCCAUGUGCGUCCCUCCCGAAGCUGCGCGCUCGGUCGAAGAGGACGACCUUCCCCGA